GAUCGUGAUAAGCACCGUUCUAGAGAAGUCUGGCAGCCGACUGAUCGACCCACACUCACAAACUUUAUCGACUUCUUGAAAUACAUUUAAAAGGGCAUUGAUUUGAAAGGAGCCAAGCAGACGGAGUGCUCUCGACGUAAGCAUUUGUGUGGUUCACACACACACACUGGCUCAGAGACUGUAAAAGAAAAUUACCUUGGGUUCUUUCCGCUGCUGGACCUGAAACAGUUUCAGUCCCCAGCUUUUAUUAAAAAGGAUCUUACUGCUUGUUCUGAACAGGAACAAAAGAAACUGCAGUUGAAGGCGCUGGAAACCUGUCAACAAGCCACUUAUGCUUUAGCAGAAGUUUACAAAUUCUCCCUGAACUUCCAAUAUUUGGACGUAUCUGCAAUGGUCACAUACAGUAAGUUUGACGGGAUGAGCCGUCCUGUCGAUGUCCCGGCACAAAGACUCUCUUACCGACUGAAGACUUUUUCUUCCAAAAACGAGUACAACCUGAUUGUGAACACUGUGCGGAAACUAAAAGAGAGUGGUUUUUACUGGAGUACAAUGAAUGGGGGGGAGGCGAACAUCCUUCUUAGCCCCGAACCAGUUGGAACUUUUCUAAUAAGGGACAGCUCGGACAAUAGGCAUUUCUUUACGCUUAGUGUUAAAACGGAAUCGGGUACCAAGAAUCUGAGGAUACAAUGUGAGAAUUGCUCGUUUUUCCUGCAAACGGACCCUAAGAGCACCCAAACCGUUCCUAAGUUUGACUGUGUGUUAAAACUGAUCCACCAUUAUAUGCCUUCAAAAUCUACAGACUCAGGGAAUGUGAAGAGAGUUUAUUUCAUUUACUCUGGAGGUGACAAAAUUCCUUUGGUGCUCUCCAGACCCCUCUCAUCUAGUGUUUCAACACUUCAGCACCUGUGCAGGAAAACUGUAAACGGACAUAUGGAGGUAUCUGGUAAAGUCCAAGAUUUGCCUAUGCCUGUCAGACAGUUCCUCAAGGAUUAUGAUGCUCCUGUAUAAUCCUGAAAUUGCCAUAUGAACUCUUGAAGAACCACAUAGCCUGUUGGCUGGAUAUUUAAGCUUGAAGAAACAGAAACAUUUGCACUCAUUUUUUAUUUAUAAAAAGUUUCAAUAAUUUAUAAUAAAAUGCACUAUUUUUAAUGACGACAAAAUUGCAUGCUUCGUUUCUGAAAUAUGUCGUGUUGCUGGUAGUGCUUUUCAACCAGAUAGUGUUUAAAACAUAUAGUUCAAAACGUGUCGGACAAAGUGGAGUUCGAAAUGUAUAUAUCCCUUAUUGCGUUUCCCUUUGUCAGAUUCGCCCAAACACUAUCAUGUAAAAAGCACAAUCUGCUUUCAACUAGCCUAUAAUGUCAUCCAGUUCCAUUAUUUAAGGGCCAACUUCAUAUAACUCCUUAGCAUGUUACGAGAAAAAAAAGUUGUUCUCUACAUAACUCCUCGUUCAAUGUCAGUUGGAAUAAUAUUUGCAUCCCUUAUGAUUGUGGGGCCUAAGGUAGCUAGUAUAUUAAACUAUUUUAAAACACACUACUAUAGUAACAUUUCAUUAGGAUAUUCAAAUACUGCACAUUUUUAACUGUUUUUACAGCACUGUAGUUAAACUAUGCUGAUAUUCAGACAGAUGCAAAUACUCAAGGAUGAAUGUCACCAUGUUUAAAGAGGUUUGGGCCUGUGCAUUGUUUGAACCAUUUCAAGUGCUGCUGUUUUCUGCAAAGGUUUCUCUGAAACAGACAGACUAUUGACUUUCAUUCAAAGCACCACCCCAUCUGUUUUCACACAUUUAUUUCCUGUGAUGCUUAACUAGUGGCUAGAGUUUUGCAUAAACAUUUAAUUGUGCUUUCUAUGAAUAAGAAGGAUCUCUUACAUAGUUAGAAAGGAAUAAAGAUAUUGUGUAUUCAGCAUAUAUAAUUUUAGUGAUAAGCACUAAAUUGGAUUCUAAACAAUUUAUGUAAAUCGUUUGCAUUCAAAAUCUAUGUUUAAAAAUACAUUUAAAUUGAUAAUUCACAGAAAAAUAUCCAAAUUUAGCUGCAUUUAGCACAUGAUAUUUAAUGGACUCAAGCAGAACCCCUAGAACACCAUUAUCAUAACGCCUGUGGCAUUUGGAAAUGUGCAUGUGAUUCCAUUAAAAUGCUGUCCAAUUUGCAAAUCUUUCAUUCAGUAUAGCUUCAAAAGCCUCUUAAAAGCCUAUCGCAAUAAAGUAGAAUCUUCUAUGCAAUCUCUUUUUAUGGUUGUACUAAGUGUUUAAAGGCUGAGUUUGUAAUGAAAGCUAUAACUUACAAUGAACUCAGCUGGUUUGACCAUGAAGCAAGUGCUUGUAACAGCAGGUUGUUAUCCAUAAACAGCUGAAAGCCUCAUUCAUUGGUAUGAUGAAGAUGAUUAUACUCAAAUCAAUAGCUGUUCUCCCAAGCCCUCAGCAAUGUAAUCCCCUUCAUCUAGGGCAGCAACAUCAGUCAAUUCUGGCUUGAUGGAAAUGUGUUCUUUUGAAAUCAAUUUAUGCUUGUGCCAGUAAUCACUUGCCACUAUAUGCGCAAAUGUGAAUGACUGGGAAUACUGAUAAAUUUAAAUAGCUGUGGUUGUGUGGUUUGAUUGUGUACACUGCAUAAGCUUUUCCACUGUGCUGUAAGAAUAUAUCAUCCAAUUUAACAAGCACUGGAAAUGUAAAGACAUUAUUAAAUAUCUAAUCUAUCUCAAAAUAUUAAUUUUCCUAGAGAAAAUUAUGGUCGUCUAGAUUUAGAAAACAUAUUAGAAACCGCAGACUCA